AAAGCCCGUGUAUUACGACAAGCGUGGAGAUAAAAUCUUCCGCCAGAGUGUGCCAUUCAAUCAGUGUCACGAGUUUCAUCAGUCUUCCCCGCGGUUCCAUCAAUCGAUUGUGCAUUUCCCCGCGGUGUGCAAAAUUUCUUCGCGGAUCGAUUCGUGUGCCAUUUGACAGAUGGCAGCAUCCUGAUGGGAGAUUUUACGUUUGUUUUUUAGCUGUUUUCGAGCAAACAACCCACGGGCCAUCGAGGACAAUCCCACUGAGGGGCUUGUGAUAAGUGUUACCGCUGCCCUCGAAACCCUCACUCUUCCGUCCCCACAACCAGUGACCAGCGCCAGAGAACAACACUUUAAUCUUAUCUCCUCCAGGCAGUGGUCCGGCAUUAUCGCGCGAGUGUGCCCGUGAGAAACCCGUUUAUCAUUUAACUCCUUCGUCGCCUCUUUGUGCUCGUGGAAUCUUAUUGGUAGAGUUGCACUUUAGACCACGGUCACUUGGAUGGCAAGUUGCUUCCCAACAGAACCCAGCGCAUCUGGAGCGUGAAGGAUACAACGCGAGCGGGAUUAUCAACAAUAGAGACACACGACGACGAUUGGCCAGGCUUCGAGUCGGUGACAUAUUUAUGCUCCCCUUGGAACGGAACGAAAGCAGAAGCAACAAAAUAAUCACCCCAGCGAGCGUCUGUGUGAGUGGGUGUAUCGAUCGCAGGACUUCGAGGACAACGCUAAGGAGCCACCGGAGCUAAGAGUCUCCACCCCCAAACCCGGUCAACGUUAUCCUUUACGGGAAACCGGCGAAGAACCGCGGUUGAAAAUUGGAGAACAAACCCCCGGCACUCGGCAUUUCUGCGUGGUGUGUAGCAUCCUGGAGCGGUGGGACCGUGGGAAGCUGGCCGUGAUCGUGGCAGCGAGUGAGAGGGGAACCAUCGUGCCAGAUGAAUCCGCGGAUCGUAAUCAUUGGUGCUGGGGCGGCCGGUGUGGCGGCCGCCACACGGCUCAUCGAACGGGGCUACAAGAACUUGAAGAUACUCGAGGCGGAAAAUCGCAUCGGGGGCCGCAUCCACACCGUCCCGUUCGGUGCUAACGUCGUUGACCUGGGUGCACAAUGGUGCCACGGUGAGAAAGGGAACGUGUGCUACGAGCUCGGCUCCAAGUACAACGUGUUCGAUUCGAACAGCGCCCGGUACGAGCGGUUCGUGUUGACGCGCUCGAACGGUGAACAAAUUCCGACGGAACAGAGCGAGAAACUGCUCGGUUUGAUCUGGUCCAUCCUCGAGACGCACAAACACGAACUAACCGGCUACCGGGGUUCGCUGGGGUCCUUUCUUAUGGCCAAGUUUCGUGCGCUGCUGGAAACGGCCGAGUAUAAGGACGUGAACGGUGAGACCGCUUACCAGGUGCUGGAGUUUUUCCACAAGUUUGAAAACUCGAUCGAAGCAUCGGACAGUUGGUUCGAUACUUCGGGACCGGGCUAUCUGCACUACUGGGAGUGUGACGGUGACCUGCUGCUCAACUGGCGCGAUAAGGGGUAUCGGACGGUACUCGAGAUAUUGAUGAAACGGCACCCACUGCCAAUCGCGGUCGAAGCAAUCAACCUCGAGGACUACACGCAUUUUAACAAAACGGUGACAAACAUCAACUGGACGGCCGGCCCGGACAGUCUGGUCAGCAUCCGGUGCACCGAUAACACCGUAUACGAUGCGGAUCACGUGAUAUGCACGAUCUCGCUGGGGGUGCUGAAGGAUCGCUAUCAAACGCUGUUCACGCCCGAUCUGCCGCCGAUCAAGCGUAACGCCAUCCAGGGGCUGACGAUCGGCACGGUCAACAAGAUGUUUCUCGAGUUUGAGAAACCGUUCUGGGCCAAGGGUUGGCAGGGCCUGAGCCUGAUCUGGAACAAGGCGGACCUGGAGGAGGUGCGUAAGCACCGUGACAGUUGGAUGGAGGAUGUGUUCGGCUUCUACAUCGUCGACUAUCAGCCGAACGUGCUUUGCGGGUGGAUAUCGGGCAAAAACGCCCGCCGGAUGGAGCGUUCGAGUGACGAGGACGUGCGCAAAGCGUGCAUGUAUCUGUUGCGGAAGUUCAUGAAAGGGUGCACCAUUCCGGAACCGGUGCGUUUUCAGCGGACCACCUGGUACUCGAACCCGAACUUUCGCGGAUCGUACACCUUCCGGUCGCUGACGACGGAUCUGCUGAACACGUCCGCAUCGCACCUCGCGAUCCCACUCACGAACACGUGCGGCAUGCCCGUGGUGCAGUUUGCCGGGGAAGCGACGCACGAUCACUACUACUCGACGGUGCACGGGGCCGUGGAAACGGGAUGGCGCGAGGCGAACCGAUUGAUCGACCUGUACGACAGAUUAAUACCACCCUUCAACCAUGGCCCGAAAGCGUACGUCGAUGUGCUCAUCCUAGGGGCGGGUAUCGCCGGACUGGGAGCGGCCAAACAGCUGCGUAAUUCGGGCAAAAGUUUCGCCAUCCUCGAGGCGCAGUCUUUCUCCGGUGGGCGGAUCAGUACGAAAACGCUUCGGAAGCAUCACGGCCACGGCGGCGGUGGUGGAGCCAAGGGUUGCCAGCUGAUCGAGGCCGGCGCUCAGUGGUUGCACGGUCGGCAGAACGAGUUACACGAGGUAGCGAAACGGAAUGGCUUGCUGCGCGAGGAAACGUCCGAGGAAGGCUUGGGUGAGUUCCUGCGCGAUGAUGGCUUCCGGAUAGACGAUCACCUGGCGAAGCGGGUCGACUUUAUCGUCGGCCAGAUACUGGAGCAGUGCGAAGAGUUCGCACAGCGACCACCGCCAGUGGCGACGAAAGCAAAGGAAGCGGGAAAGGAGCCGGCCACAGCUUCUUCAUCGGGCGGUACGGCGUAUCCCGCUUCGCUGGAGGUGUUUCUGAAGGAACAGUUCCGGAAGCGCAUCGAGAAGGAUUUUACCGCCGAGCAGAAGGUGUUGGCCCAGCAGCUGCUCGAUUGGCACUGUCGGUUUCAGAUCAUCGACAACUCGUGUCUCCAUGUGUCGGACAUUUCGGCCAAACUGUGGGGCAGCUAUUCGUUCAAUGGGGAAAGCUGCCAGGCGCACAUUAACAUGCGCCACGGCUUCCAAGCACUCGUCAACUGUCUGGUCGAGGAGAUCGGUCUGGAGAAGAUCGUGUACAACAAGGCGAUCUGCGAGAUCCGCUGGCUGGACGCGAAGGGCAAGGUGAUAGUGAAGUGCACCGAUGGAACAGUCUACUGCUGCCAGCAUCUGAUCGUCACGUUCUCGUUGGGCGUACUGAAGGACACGAUGGAUCAGCUGUUUCAACCGAACCUACCCGAGAGUUACACUCGUUCGAUACGCAGCAUCGGGUACGGUAGCAUCGACAAAAUAUUUCUUCAGUUCGACGAUCCAUGGUGGGGCAGAGCGGAAGGCAUUCAGUUGGUGUGGCGGGACGAGCUACGGAAAGAUUCGCACUGGACACGCUUCAUAUCGGGGUUCGAUGUGUUGAGCCCGGGACCACCGAAUACGCUGCUCGGGUGGAUCGGAAGCUACGGGGCGCUCGAGAUGGAAGCCCUGAACGACGAGCAGAUUGUGAGUGAUUGUGUUUUCAUCCUGGAGAAGUUUACCAAGAAAAAAGUACCUAAACCUGUCAAUUAUUACUGCACACGAUGGAAUUCGAAUCGAUAUAUCCGGGGAUCGUACAGCUACACCUCCGUCAACUGUGACCACGAAAAGAACUUUAUGUCCAAUCUUACCGAAACUCUCACAUGCAAUCAGUACGACAAAUCAGGCGAGGAAUCCCGCAAAAAGCAACCAUCGCCGGGGCCGGUUGCGAAGGCAACGGCAAACAGUGCUUCACGAGCAGAUACUGCCACGACGAGCGGCAGCGUUACCAGUGGCAACAGUACCGGUAGUAGUAACAGCAGCAAAACCACGCAAAACAAAGCAAACCAAACGCAAACCGUUAAAGCAAGCUCUUCUACUGUCAGCAGUACGACGACGACGACGGCAACCGGUAGCAGUAACAGUGUAACGGUGACGAAAACAACUGCUGCAAAUGUUGGUGGUACUAAUGUUAGUACUGCAAAUGUUAGUGCUACCAUUCACUUCGCGGGAGAAGCGUGCCAUGAAAAGUACUUCUCUACCGUGCACGGAGCGUACCUUUCCGGUAUCGAGCAGGCCAAGAAGGUGAUGGAACAGUGACUUUAGUUCUGUGGCACGCAAAGUCGAAGACUACGACGACCACACGAGACCAAACAGUAGGCGAGUGAUAGUGCUUAGCAAUCGAAAGAAGAUCAAAUGCAUCAAUCUUAGUGGUAGGAACCGAACAGUAGCGAAAGUAGAGAAAAGUAAGCUUUCCACGCGAAGUAGUCGCAUCCUGUAACGAAGCAAUCCCGCUAACAAAACCCCCGAACGGAACCGGGAACAAAGCUGCAGGGUUAAAGUUAAACAGUUGAAAACAUUACUA